CGUUGCUCCGCCCACCUGGCAAAGAAGCGGUUGGACAGUGCGCAGCUACGAGCUAGCAUUAGCCGACGUCGCCGCACUUUAAUGAGCGUCACAAGAAGCCGCUCGUCACCUCCAGCCAGCAUAGGACAACACUUUUGACUUUUUCCAUCGCCAACAGACGUUUGACAAGUGAGGAUUAAACAUGAGGAGGCGAAUAGAGUUGGCUUUGGGGCUGCUUUGCUGGCUCCUUGCUCACUUUAGUCCGUGCUCGGCGUUCUAUCUUCCGGGUUUAGCCCCAGUUAGUUUCUGUGAAGCAGGCAAAGGUGCAGAAGACUGUCAGACGGAGAUACAGCUGUUUGUCAACCGCUUGGAUUCUGUGGAGUCAGUCUUGCCUUAUGAGUAUGACAUGUUUGACUUUUGCAAGGAUGCAAAGGAAAUGAGGCCUUCAGAGAACCUUGGGCAGGUUUUGUUUGGAGAACGCAUCGAGUCCUCGCCGUACAAGUUCAACUUCAAUCAAGAUGUCAAGUGCAAGCCGGUGUGCACAAAGACGUACAAGAAAGACAACCAGGAGAACACGAACAAGCUGGAUUUCUUUAAAAUGGGAAUGGAGCUCAACUAUCAGCACCACUGGAUUGUUGACAACAUGCCGGUCACGUGGUGUUACGACGUGGAAGAUAAUCAGAAAUACUGCAACCCUGGCUUCCCUAUUGGCUGCCUGGUUACCGCUGACGGCAAACCUAAGGACGCAUGUGUCAUCAAUGCCGAGUUCAACAAGAAGAACACAUUUUACGUGUUCAACCACGUAGACAUCAAGAUCACCUACCACAGCGGGGAGGCCGACGGAUGGAGCGGUGCUCGGCUGGUUGCUGCCACUCUGGAACCCAAGAGUGUCAAACACGCGGAUGAGAAAAAGCCAGAUUGUGAAAGCGUCAACCCUAUGGAGGUACCUGGCCACUUUGACAGUGACGUGUCCAUCGUUUACACCUACUCUGUCUCUUUUGAGGAAAACAAUAAAAUCAAGUGGGCUUCCCGCUGGGACUACAUCCUGGUCUCCAUGCCCCACACAAACAUCCAGUGGUUUAGCAUCAUGAACUCUUUGGUCAUCGUUCUCUUCUUAUCCGGCAUGGUUGCCAUGAUCAUGCUGAGAACGCUGCACAAGGACAUUGCCAGAUACAACCAGGUGGACCAGGCAGACUUGAUAAAGGUUCCACCGACCACGCUGAAAUCCUCUCCCAUUUAUGAAGACGCCCAGGAGGAGUCCGGCUGGAAGCAGGUGCAUGGGGAUGUGUUCCGGCCACCCAGGAAGGGCAUGCUGCUCUCCAUAUUCCUCGGCCAGGGAACGCAGAUCUUCAUCAUGACCUUCAUCACCCUCUUCCUGGCCUGCCUUGGCUUCCUGUCGCCGGCCAACAGAGGCGCCCUGAUGACGUGCUCCGUGGUCCUCUGGGUCCUGCUGGGCACCCCUGCUGGCUAUGUGUCAGCACGCCUGUACAAAACCUUUGGAGGAGAAAAGUGGAAGACAAACGUCCUGUUGACAGCUCUCUUGUGCCCUGGUAUCGUGUUUGCCGACUUCUUCCUGAUGAACCUGAUCCUUUGGGUGGAAGGGUCCUCAGCAGCCAUCCCCUUCGGGACCCUGGUAGCAAUCCUGGCCCUGUGGUUCGGGAUUUCCGUGCCGCUCACUUUCAUCGGUGCCUACUUUGGAUUCAAGAAGGCCGCAAUCGGGCAACCAGUGAGAACCAAUCAAAUCCCCCGCCAAAUUCCCGAGCAGUCGUUCUUCACCAAGCCUAUUCCUGGAAUAGUGAUGGGGGGCAUCCUGCCCUUUGGCUGCAUCUUCAUCCAACUCUUCUUCAUCCUCAAUAGCAUUUGGUCCCAUCAGAUGUACUACAUGUUCGGCUUCCUGUUCCUGGUUUUCAUCAUUCUGCUCAUCACAUGCUCGGAGGCCACCAUUCUGCUCUGCUACUUCCACUUAUGUGCUGAGGACUACCACUGGUGGUGGCGGUCCUUCCUGACCAGCGGCUUCACCGCGGUCUACCUCUUCAUAUACGCCGUGCAUUAUUUCUUAUCCAAGCUGCAAAUCAUCGGCGCAGCCAGCACCUUCCUCUACUUUGGAUACACCUUGAUCAUGGUCCUCAUCUUCUUCCUCUUCACAGGUACCAUCGGCUUCUUCGCCUGCUUCUGGUUUGUGAAGAAGAUCUACAGCGUGGUGAAGGUGGACUAGAAGGAGCAGAGACUAAGUCUGCGUGACAGUUAAGUGUUUUGAAGGACCUGAACUGAGACCAUCAUUAAAUCACAAGAGCCCGUCCUUUUUGUUUUGUGCUUUAAACCUCUAUCGCUCGUUUUUUUUUACCUUCACUUGACCUGAUGAUCUUGUCACAGUGAACACAUUGUUCUGCUGGGUUUAAACUAAAGUCUUUUGUUUGCAUUUGGACUCAAGAUAAUGUCUAUUUAGAUUUUCUAUUCCAUGAUGUUUUGCUUCUAUUUACUGUAAUGAUGGGGAAACAUGUACAUAUAUAUUGUAUAGAUCGAAGGAGCGCUUGAUACUGUUUUUGUUUUAGGUCAAAGGUGGGCUUUAAAUCUUGAUUAUAUCAGCUUGUAUUGUAGACACAAUAUAAAACACUGACAUUGUUGCUGUCCUUUUUCUCUCCUAUUUAUACCAUGUGGGACUUUAAAGAUCUGCAUCAUAUCAUUUUUGUUUUAAUCCAGCUCCAAAUCUUGUAUUUCAAAUUCACGGAUCAUUAUUAGAACUGUUUUUGCAACACUGUUUUGCUUGAGUGGGAGCUUACUACUCAAUCUCUGCUUUGCAAAUAUAUGCAAUUAAUCCAA